GCAUUGGCAAUGUUGUCGUUAUCGGUUUGUCGGAAAGUCACAUAAGUCAAAGCGUCAGAUUUGUAUUUUCGCAGCGCAUUUUAAAUGAGUUUAUUGCCAUAAAACAUGGUAAAUGUUAUGAAAGGAGUGCUUGUGGAAUGUGAUCCGGCUAUGAAACAAUUCUUACUGCAUUUGGAUGAGAAGCUGGCUUUGGGUCGAAAAUUUAUCAUACAAGACUUGGAUGAGAGUCAUCUAUUUAUCUCAACAGACAUUGUUGAAGUGCUACAAGCUCGCGUAGAUGAGUUGAUGGAUCGCAUCAGUUUUCCAUUGCACGAGAAAGAUCCGUAAAUCAAACACAUACAUACAUACAUACA